AUGAAGGCAAAUUGUGUGCUGUGCUAUAAGUGCAAGAAGAAGAAUGCUGUAGUCUGCACGAGGGAGAAAUCAUGCAAGGAUUGCUUUUUACAACUGGUCGAAUAUACGUUUAAGAAUACGUUAAGGGAAAAAUGCCUAUUUAAAAACAAGGGGGGUAACAAUAUUCAACUUCCAGGACAGCUUGUACAGAAAAAUGAUAAAAGGGAGCAUAUACAGGAAAGAAAGUGUAAUAAACCGGUUGCACAAGGAGGAUAUGCACCCUGCGAACAUGGACACUUCGCGGGAAGAAGCUGUUGCAAAGAGGUGAACGAAGGAAUGUACUUGGACGGGACAGAAAGGAAGGGAAAAAAUGUCACCACAUUGAGUACACAACCGCAUAAGAAAAAAACAGCUAUCGCGUUCUCCGGGGAAAUAUGCUCGUCUUUUCUACUCUUUCUGUUUGUAAAAUAUUUGAAAAACGUCAAAAAUAGGAAGAAUGAUUUGUUGCUGACAAAUGAAUAUUGCGUUUUUAGCGAAAUAAUAUUCGUAGACAUUUUUCAAGAUGAAAAUUAUAUUCUUAGCUUGAUAGGAUCUAUCGAGCAGAUGUUUCGCGGUUUCAAGGAAAGCGGCGAUUCGAAGGGGGGCAACAACGAUGAGGCGGAGGAGGAAGCCUCCGAAGAUGGCGUGGACAAAUCGGCAUACCACGAAGCAUACCACACGCACAGCAAAUCUGAAGAACACGGGGAGGAAACCCAAGACAGCCGUAAACAUGACGAAUCGUCGCCCCCAGAAGGCUGCGAGAAGAUACUGUUCGUCAACGGGGUGUUUAAAAAAAAAAUAAACAAAGUACACUUCACAGUGUUAAAAAGCAAUUAUUUUGUGAAUGCACAUCAUAAAAGCGAAUUCCUAGAGCACUACGACUUGGUGAAAAAGGAAAAAGGUUAUUACCUAAAUUACAUAAACGAGCUAGUUAUAUACAAUGCCAUUUUAAAGUACAGCAUAGACGAGAAGAUCAAUUACGUCCUCUUUGGAAAUAACGCAAAUAAUAUUUCCAACAAAUCAUUUCUGUACACCAUAUUUGGUAACGGAAUAAAUCUACCCAUAUGCACAGCGUAUAUAGACAACCGAUAUAAGAAUAUAAAUUUGAUUAAGCCAUUGAGGGAUCUCCUAAAUAAAGAAAUAUAUAUUUACUGCUAUUAUAAAAAUAUUACCUACUUACGGAACACAUCCUUUGAUGGGAAUAUCGUCUAUAGGACCAUCAAUGAAAUGCUGUCUUCUCUGGAUUCGAAGAAUAACACUUCAUCCAUAAUUAACAACACGACGGGCAAUUUGGUAAACAUGGCCAAUUUGAUGAACGUGGGGAAUGAGGCGAACAUGGCGAGGGUAGCCAGUGCAGCCAAAAUGGCUAACUUGACAAGUGCGAUGCAACAUUCCCAUGGAGGAAAGAAUCAAGAGGACUACAUCCUCACUGAUGUGAAUACGCAAGAUGGAGAAAAAAAUAGCGACACAGAAGUUAUCCCAGAGAAGUUACACAUCUACAGAGAUACUGAAAGAGAUCACGCCGCGAAAUACAUGAAGAAGUACGCCAACACGUAUAAGAGUUUUUUUGCCUGCUAUAUAUGCUCAGGCAAUAAGGAGACACAAGAACAGAAAACGUUUAUAAAAAAGAUGAACAAAAUUCAGUUGACAAACUUGGAGAAAAUGAGGCACACCAGUUUGAUUUGUUCCACGUGCCUGAGCAUAUUUUCUUCCAGCGACAACUGCGUGAAUCUGUUCAAUGUCUUUUUUGACAUUUGA